CAGUCUAUUCAAGGAUCUUCCACAAAGACGGCUUUUACCACACAAGCGAUCAUAAAUUCAAGCAGCAACACAGAGAGCGCCUUUGUCAGUUUCGUCGCGCCAACCAUCAACCGCUAUAAAGGCAACGUGUGCGGCGGUUUCGAAAUCCAUCUAUACGAGCGAAUGACUGGCAAACAGUCAAGAGCGCGCCAGCCCAAGCACUGCCCCAAGUCAAGAUCUAAGAUAAACGCGUACAAAUGA